AUGGCAUUCUGGACGACAUCGGUCGAGGUUAAUAUGCUGACGAACCCCGUGGCCCGGCAAUUACAGUCGAGUUUUGCACUGUCGUGGUGUCCAUCGAUGUUUUUCAAGGAAUAUAUCGUGGCAUGUGUGCUGGAAGACGCAUUUAUUUAUCAACGAGACCAUCUCGGCAAAUACGUACGAGUGGCUCAACUCACCGAACACAAGGGACUUAUUCGCGAUGUAGCGUGGGCCCCAUCCAUGGGCCGAGGUUACCAAUUGAUUGCAACCGCAUCUAAAGACGGAUACGUUCGAAUCUUUAAAAUCACCUCCGAUACCAACGGAGCCGACACUCUAUCACUAACAGCAAGCGCUCUUGACGACGACAACGACGACGAUGACGAGUCAUCCCCGCCACGAGCUCCUGCCAAUCUCAAAGUCGAGCUGCUGUCUCAAUUCGACGACCACCACGGCGAGGUCUGGCGUGUGUCGUGGAACCUGACGGGUAAGUGUUUUAACGAGGCUGGUUGUGCCUCCGGCGGCUGGGGCUCCGCCCCAGACCCCGUGGCUCCUGCUUCGCAGGAGAUUGCUGGGACCGUAGGCGCCCGACUCGAGCGUAGCGAGAGGAGCCGGGGGGUCUGGGGCGCAGCCCCAGCCACCGGAGGUAUGCCCGUUCGAGGACGUGACUAA